UCAGCCUCCAAAUGGGCGGGCCCCCAAGGGCCCGGGGCUCCUCACAGGCUUCCGUGGGUUCCAGAAGGGGCUGGCCGGUGGUUGUCCCAAGGCCAGGGUCACGCGGAGUGCGUUUUGCGUCGUCCUGAUCCGGCUUGGGAGCAGGAGGGCUGUGGAAACUUCGAGGCUAUCUUCAGUCACCAAGUGGCAGUUGGGUGGGCCAGCGGCAUCCUGGGUUUCCUCACUGGUUGGCUCUAAAGUGAGUGAAGUAGGAUAAAUUCCUCAACUCAGGAGAAAGCAGAGACAAGAAAUUGACUUAACGAUGUUUAAGAAUAAUGUUCCUGACCAUGAGCUAAAUGUGGAAGCCAUAAUUAAAAACAUUAACACAAUUUCUUCAGAGCUGAAGAAGAUGAAAGAGCUCUCCCAGUUGCUGCUUUGUGAUCUUACUCUACAUUUUAAUCGUCCUGUGAAGACAGAUGACUUACAGGAACCAAAAGGGAAAACCCCCUUCUUUGAAGAGUCUAAAAUAUCAGAUGUAUCCUUUGCUUCUACCAGUUUUUCUAUCUGA